UGUAAAGUAAAGAGAAAAUUAUUAUAUAAAAGAAAGUUGUGAAUUGGUACUAAAUUAUUAAUUGCGACAUUAACCUCUGUACACUGUGCUACGUCUAUUUAGCUACACUAUGUACAACUUUUAGUCAGGAGCUGAUAUACAUAUGAAGCUGAUAAAUACCAUAGAAACGAUUAUUUUAUUUAUAUUAAUUUUGUUUAGCGUGAGUAACAAAUAUGUUUAUCUGCCAACUAACUUGGCAACGUAUUAAAUAACUGUUUUGUAGGCAGAAAAAUAGAACAUUUUUGCCGAAUGCAAAAGUUUUGCAAAGAUGAAAAAAGUUAAAAAGAAAAUCUACCGAAAAUAUGAAGAUUUUUACGAUGCGAAAGAUUUACAUGAUCCAGACACUUUUCCACACAUAAACUUAACUAUUAACGAUUUUGAUGCGCGAGGCGGUGUGGUCAAUCCACGUGCACCUUGUCUUGUAACUACUAUCGAUCCAAGCUUCGUGAAGGACGCACGUACACAACGUUUGGCUAGGAAAUUUCGCAUGAAAACCGAUAUAUUAUUGUUACGUGAAAUAACACGUAAAAAAUUUAUGAUCUACUCAACACAACAAAUGUAUUUGGACAAAGAACGCGAGAAAAAACAACAAGAUGACGAAUAUGAGGGACUGCUGGAAUUUUAUGAAUCUACAGAAAAUUCAUUGGAGACAAUCGAAGCAAACGCUUUUAAGGAUAUGACAGCUUCGCUUGAGAAAUAUCAGGAAUUACAAAAAUGCACUUUAGCAGAUGAGCUAAAAGCGGUGAUGGAGGAACACAGGCGCGCUUUAGUCGAGGCGCAUGAAGUUUAUCAACGAUUUUUAUACCUACUUAAACUAAUUGGUUACUUUGAUGAAAUCGAUGAUGAAGCGGUUGGUGCUGAAGGUGACAGACUAAUUUUACCUAAGGAGAUAGCUGAACUGAAACCACAAAACGAAAGCGACACCGGCAUGCAGCAAAUUGAAGUUGUUAAAAAAUUUAUGGCUGCUGUUGUGCGCCCAUAUUUGGCUAAAAGGAAUAAUUUGAAUGCUGAUGUUUGGUUGAGGGGGUUUGAGCUGACCCGAAGCAAACUUACAAAUUAUUAUAAGCGCUACACAAAUUUGGCGCUUUUAAAUCACAUUGUUGCAUUGGUAUAUGAAAAAUUCCAAAAGACACAAGCACGUUGCAAAAUUCCGCCAAUGCUCAAAGACCCACACUUUAUGACGGAACGCGUUGCAGUCUUAAAAUUGCAAGCAGAGAAGACUUUGGUAAAAUACGAGCACAGACAAAGCCGGGACAAAUUGUCCUUGAAACUCAACGCCAUAGUACCAAUAAUUUUGAAGACCUUACAACGAACUGCAAUGAAAACUACGGAACCAGAGAAGGCACAAGCGCACUUGAAUGACAUGGAGAAGGGAGUGGAAGAUGAGCAUCAAAGUAUAAAAUCUUUACAAUCGCGACCAGAAUCGGCUUUAAGUUCUUGUCGUGAUGAACCAGAUACGACGUUAGCUAAAAUAGAGCUAAUCCAAGCGCAUCUCUUGUGGCUACUUAACGAAUUGGAUGACAUGCCACCAGAACUUUGCAAGGAAGUUGAGAAACGUGUGCGUCGACGCUUUAAAUUGGCGAAAGAGAAGUCACGCCGAGCUUUGGUUGAGCAAACACGUUUGCAGAAUUGGUUGGCACAUUUUAAAAAACAUGAAUUGCAGCGUCAAAGAGACACAGCUCUUUGUGUGCGCCGAAAACCACUACACUUACAGAAACAAUAA